UCUCAAAGGUCAUACAAUUUCUUGGGAUACUUUUUAGUUCUACUCCAAGAACCGAUUUUCAAAGUUCUUAUUAUUGCAUUCGUCGAAAUAUUGGCAAUAACUUUUUAAGAAGGAUGUCUGGAAAAUAUAAAAUUGUAAUGGUCAGACAUGGAGAGUCUGAGUGGAACCUUAAGAACCAGUUCUGUGGUUGGUUCGAUUCGGAUUUGAGCGAAAAUGGUAAAAAGGAAGCCGACGCUGCAGGAGAAGCAGUCAAAGCUGCUGGAUUGAAAUUUGAUGUUGCCCAUACAUCAGUAUUGAAGCGUGCACAAAUCACUUUGAAUGCCAUCCUUACUAAAAGCGGUCAGAGUGAUAUUCCUGUGUUCAAAACUUGGCGAUUGAAUGAGCGACAUUAUGGUGGAUUGACCGGAUUGAAUAAGGCAGAAACUGCAGCUAAGUAUGGCGAAGACCAAGUUAAAAUUUGGCGCCGCAGUUUCGAUACACCACCACCACCAAUGGAACCUGGGCAUCCAUACUACGACGCUAUCGUUAAUGACCCCCGCUACGCUAACGAACCUAAAAAGGAUGAAUUUCCAAUGUUCGAGUCGUUAAAAUUAACAAUUGAACGUACUUUGCCGUAUUGGAAUGAUGUUAUCAUUCCUCAGCUGAAGGAGGGAAAAACCGUUAUGAUCGCUGCACAUGGCAACAGUUUACGAGGCAUUGUUAAACAUUUGGACAAUAUGUCCGAGGAUGCAAUUAUGGGCCUCAACUUACCUACCGGUAUACCGUUCGUAUAUGAGUUGGAUGAUAACUUCAAACCUGUAGUUUCCAUGAAAUUCUUGGGAGAUGAAGAAACGGUUAAGAAAGCAAUAGAGGCAGUGGCUGCCCAAGGAAAAGCCAAAUAAAUCGGCAGCAUUUAAUCGCACGAAAAUCCUAAAAAUAGAUUUAAUUGAGAUGUUUCAAAAUUUUAGUAUAUUACAUAUAGCUAUAGAAAAAAUACGACGAAUAAGAUACAAAAUUGCAGCAUAGUUAAUUUAUUUACAUUAAUAAAUGAUAAAUUGUAAAAGUAAACUAAA